GGGCACCGUGCGCAUCCUUACCUCUAGAACAACAACCCCAAUCCUCAUUAGUUUCCUUCCCUCCAUUCCAAGCUCCCGAGCGCGGAUUUUUCCAGCUUCGACUCCACCGUUAAUGGUGUCGAAGACAGAGGGAAGUUAGAGUUUUUCUUUCGGAGCUACUUGUAAGAUGGAUUCCCUUCUGCUCAAAAACCCUAAUUUCGCUCGACUUAACCUCGGGAAAAAUAUAAGUUCGAAGAAGCCGCCCAUGAAAGGUGCAAUAAUUAGAAGCCCGAGAUGUGCAAUGGAUGCGACAUAUGGCGGUAACUUAGGAAACCCUCUUAAAUUUCCAAGAAUAAACAUAUGGGAUCCUUACAAGCGCCUUGGUAUAAGCCCUUAUGCUUCUGAAGAAGAAAUUUGGGGUGCACGCAAUUUUCUCUUGCAACAAUAUGUUGGACAUGAAAGAAGUGAAGAAUCUAUAGAAGCUGCUUUUGAAAAGCUACUAAUGACCAGUUUCAAACAAAGGAAGAAGACAAAGUUCAACUUGAAAAGCAGGUUAAAAAAGAAUGUAGAGGAGUCCCCACCUUGGAUAAAGAACUUGCUGAGCUUUGUAGAACUUCCUCCAACUGAAGUCAUUCUUAGAAGAUUGUUUCUUUUUGCCUUCAUGGGAGCAUGGAGCAUAAUGAAUUCUGCUGAGGGUGGCCCUGCUUUCCAGGUGGCAAUCUCGUUAGCAGCAUGCAUUUACUUCCUUAAUGACAAGACAAAGAGCAUAGCCAGAGCUUCCAUUCUCGGUUUUGGAGCUCUUGUUGUUGGUUGGGUAUGCGGUUCUUUCUUGGUUCCUAUGGUCCCCUCAUUUUUACUGCAGCCAACAUGGACACUGGAACUCCUUACAUCUCUUGUGGCCUAUGUCUUCUUAUUUCUUGCUUGUACUUUUCUCAAGUGAACAAGGAUUUUGUGCUUUUGACUUUUUGGCCUUUUCUAAUACAUGAAGUUGAGAACUAGAUGGAGUUUAUUUUUCGAUGAUUCGAGUCUAACAUUUAGAAAAAAAUGAGAUGUGUGGUUUUGCUUUUA